AUGAUGAAGCACCUCCUCUCCGACGUCAAGCUCCGCGCACCCUUCUUCCUCGUCGGCUGCACAAACGUGCUCGUCGCCGCCGGCGCGCUGCUGCUCUCCCGCCUCCCGCCGCUCCGCCCGCCGCCGCUGCCGCUCUCCAGCUUCGUGCGCGUGGCGCUGCCGAUUGGGCUCGGCUCCGCCCUCGACAUCUCCUUCUCCAACUGGUCCCUCGCCUUUGUCAGCGUGGCGUACCACGUGGAUGGCUUUCGGGCCUUCCGCGCGCGGCCGGUUGAGAGAGCUGCGAGGGCAGUCCUACCGGCUGGGGCCACCCGUCUGGCGGACGAUCUAUCACCCUUCGUGCCCGCUCGGCCGCCGGCGUCCGAGCUGUGCGGGUACCUGUUUGCGGUCAGCGGUUGCGUCUUUGUCGUGCAGCUGGCCGAGUUCUCCCUCGUGCGCCUCACCUCGGCGCUCACGGUGGCCAUCUUUGCCUCGGCCAGAGAGCUGCUCACCAUCGUCGGCGCAGUGCUCGUCCUCCACGACGAGCUCACGCUGCUCAACAUGCUGGGCGUGCUCCUCGCCACCGCAGGCACCGGCGUCUACCACGCCACCAAGGGCCACAGCAAGGCCGCCCCAGACCGGCCCGCCGAAGAUGACGCAGCAGGCGCAGCGCCGCCCAGCCGAGCCGCCGUGGAGGUGUGA